GCCCUCUCUCAACCUGCACCAUUCUAUGCCUCAUCUACCCCUCUAUGCUCCUGCAAUCCCCUUCUGUUCCCCAUUCCAUGCCCCACUAGUGUCCUGCCCCCACCUCCUGAAAUCUCCUUCUCUUGUCCCCUAAAGCUUUCUCAUUCUGAGACCAGGAAGUAAGGCUCCAUGCCAUCCUUCCAGGUGCCUCCUCCAGUCCAUCACUCCUAAUCCAUGCACUUGCCCCUUACUUCCCUUUCCAUACACCUUACUGGACUCCUGCACUUCCACGUACCCUCUUGGUCUCCUAUCCUCCAAUUCAUGCAUCCAGCCUCUAGUUCAGCCAAGAAGCUGGAGUCAGAAUAAGGUCCUUCCGUCAUCCCUCCAAGACCUCCACAGUAAGGAAAGGCACCACUGGGCAAUCCUCUAAGAUGUUUAUUUGGACCAGUGGCCGGACCUCCACAUCUUACAGACAUGACGAGAAAAGAAAUAUUUACCAAAAAAUCAGGGAUCACGAUCUACUGGACAAAAGGAAAACAGUCACAGCUCUGAAAGCAGGAGAAGAUCGGGCCAUACUCCUAGGACUGACUAUGAUGGUGUGCUCCAUUAUGAUGUACUUCCUCCUGGGAAUUACGCUGCUGCGGUCAUACAUGCAGAGUGUUUGGACAGAAGAGGCUCAGUGCACACUCCUCAAUGCAUCGAUCACAGAAGCAUUUAACUGCUCAUUUAGCUGCGGUCCAGACUGCUGGAAAAUCUCUCAGUACCCCUGUCUGCAGGUGUACGUUAACUUAACUUCUUCUGGGCAAAAGCUCCUACUUUACCACACUGAAGAGACGAUGAAAAUUAAUUCUGAGUGUUCCUACAUCCCCAAGUGUGGCAAGAACUACGAAGAGUCCAUGUCACUUGUGAGUGUUGUAAUGGAAAAUUUCAGGAAGUACCAGCGCUUCUCGUGCUUUUACGACCCAGAAGGCAUUCAGAAGAAUGUGAUAUUAACCAAACUUUACAGUUCCAACGUGCUGUUCCACUCACUUUUCUGGCCAACAUGCAUGAUGAUUGGUGGGGUUGCCAUCGUUGCCAUGGUAAAGCUGACUCAGUACCUCUCCCUCCUCUGUGAGAGAAUCCAAAGGAUCAACAGAUAAAAGCAGAAACUUCUCUGAGAUGUAUUUCAGCUAAAAUACUGUUUUUUCAUUCUUCACCAAAGAACCUUAAGUUUGUAACGUGCAAGUCUGUUAUAAGUUCCUUACUAUAUUCUUAUAAGUAGAGCAAUAAUGCAAAAGCUGUUCUAUAUGCAAACAUGAUGUUAUUAUUAUGCAGACAACAGGAAAAAAUACUGUUUGUGUUGGUUGUCUAUCUGAUCUCAUUUUAUGCUGGAACUAGUACUUCUUUCUUUUCUACAGCCAAAAUAGGGCUCGGUGUGACCAUUUGCCAAGCUUUGUCAAUGAACACAUCAACAUUUCAGUGUAACAUUCUGGGGGAAAUUCACCCCUGUGCAGAGGGCUAGCAAAAGGCCUCAGCAUCAUUUACGUCCCAUUUAAUCCUCAGGGCAUGCAACGGAUGGCUUUGAAGGGAAUGAGGGCAACAAAAGUAUAGAACCACUGUCUUUUUAUGGUAAGAGGGUAUAGAAUGGAUGCAUAUACAAUUGACAGCUCAAGUGGGACUUGCAUGUUGCUUGUGCUGGCUCUCCCUGGCAAGGGGAAAAUUUCACCCUUUGGUGUUUUAGGUCUUUUGUAAAACACCUUGGAGAUGGAUAUUUGCAAUAUGUUUUCCUCACAUCACAUCAUCUACAGAAGCUACAGCCAAAAACAAAGAAAAUUCAACCAGUUUCAUUUUCUACUCCAAGCUGAGCCCUAUUGCUGGAGAUGGGACCAGACACCUUAUGUAAAGGUUUAUUACGCAUUUGUCUUGUAUUUGCUACCAUAUCGCUGUAAAGAAAAACAAAAACACAAUCAGCUAUUUUUUCAUUUUUUACUUCCAACUAUUUUAACUUUUUUUACUUGAUUAUAUAGAGAUAUAAAAAGAAAAAGCUAUAUUAUAUCUAAUUGUGUAUUGUAACUUGAUUGUUAUUUUUUUUUCCUUUUGACUAACUGGAAAGUGAGCAGUAUAACUCCUGUAUUUAUCACAUUCAAAGCCUGGAAAAGACCAUAACAUCAAGGAGCAGCAACGUGGGAUCUUAUCCAAUAUUCACACUGACAUUUCAAUCAGAUGGAGGUCUCUCUUGCUGUGACAUUUGGAUUGAAAAAAAUCUCCUCCACUUCACUAGGUCUAUUAAUUGAAUUGUUAUACAAUAAUCAUAAUAUUUCUGGAAAUUAUGAUUGUUAUGCAGUGCUGGCUGAAGUGACUUGCAUUCUAAAAUGUCCAGGUGUAAUAUGAGGUAUUGGAAAAAUUGAGAUUCAAACCAAUAUGUAGUCCUAGCUGUCAUGUAUGUUCCAUGGGGGCUUUACCAAUAUAAUUCCACGCACACUAUGUGCACAUCUUUGGCAUAAUUUAUUUUCCAUGUUGUUAUACUCUACAGACAAUCUCAACAUUUUUUACCUUGCUCCUAAACUGAAGGACAAAUUUGAGGCAGCCUCUCUGAUUACCCCAUGAACUUACUAUAGAAUAUUUAUAGGAAAUUAUUUACAGGUACAUUCAAAAGAAGGAGAUUCCACCUCUUUUUUUUCUUUUUUGCCAAAAAGAUAGCAGAAGGAGAAAAUCCAGAGUCUUCUGUCUAGCUCAUCCAUAUAUAAGUACCUUCUUCCAUGAUGUAGUAUUGAAAACUUUAAGGUGUUACAAGAUUUUACAAAUUGUACAAGUGUAGUCGGAGCUGUAAAAAUAAGUUCACAGCAGUGGAUUUAACCUGCAAUCUUGUAAUCCAUGGUAUGAUUUUUCUUAGGCAAAUAAAUUCCUGGGGGCGGGGGGAGUGUGAUCAGGGCUCCAAAAAUGUGUAAUAAAAAUAUUAAAUCAAAUCUUCAGGAUUUCAAUACCUUUUCCAUUCAGAACUGGUUUGUUUCAACAACUUUUUUUUUUUUAAGAUUCUUUUGCCAUAAAACCAGGAUUGCCAACCCUCUGUAA